AUGUCGUCGAUGCGCGGUCUUGUCCAGUUCAUAGCCGACCUCCGAAAUGCCCGGGCGAGAGAACUGGAGGAGAAACGAAUCAACAAAGAGCUGGCCAACAUCCGCCAGAAAUUCAAGAGCGAGAAAUUGGAUGGCUACCAGAAGAAGAAAUACGUCUGCAAGUUACUCUACAUCUACAUCCAAGGAUACAAUGUCGACUUUGGGCACCUGGAAGCCGUCAACCUGAUCUCCGCAACCAAAUACUCUGAAAAACAGAUUGGAUAUCUGGCCGUCACCCUCUUCCUCCACGAGCAGCAUGAGCUCCUGCAUUUGGUGGUCAACAGCAUUCGCAAGGACCUGUUGGACCAUAACGAACUCAACAACUGUCUGGCCUUGCAUGCGGUGGCCAACGUGGGCGGUCGAGAAAUGGGCGAGGCGCUCAGUGCGGACGUCCAUCGGCUGUUGAUCUCUCCGACCUCCAAAUCCUUUGUCAAGAAGAAGGCGGCCUUGACGCUGCUCCGUCUCUACCGAAAGCAUCCGGCUAUCAUUCAAAGAGAAUGGGCAGAAAGAAUAAUAUCGUUGAUGGACGACCCUGACAUGGGCGUGGUGCUUUCUGUCACCUCUCUGAUCAUGGCUCUGGUCCAAGACAAUCCUGAGGCAUACAAAGGGAGUUAUGUCAAGGCUGCCCAGAGGCUAAGAAAGAUUGUCAUUGAGAACGACAUUUCGCCCGAUUAUUUGUACUACAAGGUUCCCUGUCCGUGGAUUCAAGUCAAAUUUCUCAAGUUACUGCAAUAUUACCCUCCUUCGGAAGAUUCCCACGUCCGCGAUAUUAUUAGGGAAUCACUUCAGGCUAUUAUGCAAGCGGCAACAGAGACGCCCAAAAAUGUCCAACAGAACAAUGCUCAGAAUGCCGUACUGUUUGAGGCCAUCAAUCUUCUCAUCCACCUCGACACUGAGCACCAGCUCAUGAUGCAGAUUUCUUCGAAAUUGGGCAGAUUCAUCCAGUCACGCGAAACUAACGUGCGAUACUUGGGCUUGGAUGCCAUGACCCAUUUUGCUGCCAGGUCUGACACGCUCGAUCCCAUUAAGCGACACCAAAAUAUUAUCAUCGGUUCUCUGCGAGACCGAGAUAUCAGCGUCCGGAGGAAAGGUUUGGAUCUACUAUACAGCAUGUGCGACACCACCAAUGCUCAACCCAUUGUCAACGAGCUGUUAAAGUACCUGCAAACCGCAGAUUUUUCAAUACGCGAAGAAAUGACGCUCAAAAUCGCGAUUCUGACGGAGAAAUAUGCAACCGAUGCUCAGUGGUACAUUGAUAUCACAUUGAGACUGCUCGCCAUGGCCGGUGAUCACGUUAGCGACGAAGUUUGGCAACGCGUGGUCCAGAUCGUCACCAAUAACGAAGAACUGCAAUCAUACGCAGCACAACAUAUUUUCGACUAUUUGAAAGCCGAAAAUUGCCACGAUACGAUUGUCAAGAUUGGCGGUUACAUUCUUGGAGAGUUCGGCCACCUGAUAGCCGACAGCAAAGGAUGCAGCCCGAUCGAACAGUUGAUGGUGCUACAAACAAAGAUGAUAUCGGCGCCUGAUCCUACGAGGGCGUUGCUGCUGUCCACAUUCGUCAAGUUCGUCAACCUAUUCCCGGAAAUCAAGCCGCAAUUACUGCAAAUGUUCCAAUUCUACAGCCACUCACCGGAUUCAGAGCUGCAACAGAGGGCAUGCGAAUAUCUGACCAUCGCGACGUUGCCAACAGACGACUUGCUACGAACCAUUUGCGACGAAAUGCCUCCGUUUUCUGAACGAGCGUCCAUCCUCCUGCAAAGGCUGCACAAGAAGAGUGCAGGAAUAAGUGAAAGGAGGACUUGGGUGGUUGGUGGCAAAGAUGCCAAUGCCGACGAAAAAGAAGUUCUACUGGCUCAGCAGACAGGGCUGAAGCGAUCUUUUACCACUAUUGUUAAUGGGACGAAUGGGACGCCUGCGAAUGCAAAUGGCGUUGCAGUUACACCGGCUCAGAACGGAAUGACCAGUGCUGCGAAGGACCUGGAAGGGCUAGAUAUGAAUGGCCAUGGCAAUGGCGUGACGACUCCCGAUCCGACCAGCGCGGCUCAUCUUUCACCAGAUUGGCAGAUUGGCUACGACAGCCUGUUCUUUUCCGAUGAAGGUGUCUUGUAUGAGGAUCCACAGAUUCAAGUCGGCAUCAGGGCGGAAUAUCGUGGCCACCUCGGGGUGAUCAAACUCUACUUUACCAACAAGGCGUCUUUUUCAAUCGGCUCCUUCACGAGUACUCUGGACAACAAAUCAGCCCCCAGCCUCAAAAUUGACACCAAAAGCCUCCCGGAUUCAUCAGUCAGUGCAGACUCGCAAGUCCAACAGACCAUUGUGUGUACUUCAAUCGCCCCAUUUUCCGAAGCACCCACCAUCCGCAUCUCAUAUCUCGCUGGAGCCUUGCAGGGAUAUACUCUAAAACUACCAAUUCUCCCCCACCGAUUCAUGGAUCCGUCGGAGCUCUCAGCGGAAGAUUUCUUCAAACGUUGGCGGCAGAUUGGAGCGGGUCCCCUUGAGGCGCAAAGCACGUUCGGCUUUCGCAAUCCACAGGCGCCAAUGAACGACAAGUUUGUUCGCGAUACCGUUGCAGGGUUCCGUUGGCGCCUCCUGGACAACGUUGAUCCAAAUCCGAAAAAUAUUGUGGGAUGUGCGGUUUUGCAGCUGGAAAAGGGGAAGACUGGAUGUCUGCUCAGACUAGAGCCCAAUCAUCAGCAAAAGGUAUGA